AAUGCGUGGAGUAUUUUCUUUGUGUUUGUGUGUCUUUCUAAUCAGUCAAAUGUUGUUUGAGAAAGCUAUCGCUGCCACAUGUCCAGGUGGUUAUAACUCGGGAAAAGCAUGUAGAGGAAUUAAUGUUGACUUUCCGGAUGAGUGUAAAGAAUAUUGGGGCCCUGACAAAGUUAAUGGGAAAACUGCAAAAUACACACGUUGUCGACAUAUUAUUGUGAAUGGGUUAGGCUCCUCUUGGUGUUGUCCUCCUUAA